AUGGACAGCUCCAUGGCAUUGCUGGAUGAUCAGCUGGAACCUCCGCCGCGCAUCUUUGAACGCCUGCGUCAGAUUGCUGGCUAUGCUUGGGAUGAGGCCCAGCGCCCGUAUCAUUCGACCUAUGACAACUGGCACGUCUUCGGCACCAGAUUUGUGUCCCCCUACUCAUCGUCGGGAACCCCUUCGCGCGACAUCACGAGUCCCCCAGCUUUUUCAAGUAAACUAUCCUCUUCCAGCUCUAUACCACAGAGCGAUGGCAGCAGCGAUCGAUCAGCCGCAUCCCCUCCGAUAGUCACACAUGUCAACUCCGAUCUCUCCAAUGUCGAAGAGAUCCCCGUCGUAGCGCGCGUAUCCUACCACGUCCUCAGAGAGGAAAGGGCUUUCCACACCUGCAAGAACCUGAUUGCAACGGCAGAUCCGCAUGGAGAACACAACGUUAAGCCCAUAGAUCUCAUUAGACUCACUUCGCACCACGGCGACCGAGGCUCUAUAGUCGUGGGUAUAUACGAAUUUGCAGGACACAAUCACCUCUUCGAUGUGUUAGAUCUGGGUCCAGCUUUCUACUACGGAAAGAAGGUGGAGGACAGGUUCGAAGCUGACAUAAAGGGCGAUUUUCGCCUGGGUAGACCUAUCAGCCUACAACAUUUCCUCGAUUUUGCCAUUGGCGCGACGCAAUGUCUGGAGAUCCUCCAUCAUGGUCACGGGACUGUUCACGGAGAGAUCCGAGGGGAUGCCUUUCACUUCGAUAUCGGGACGAAUAAGGUCAAAUUAACCUCCUUUGGUUCAGGCGUCCGUUCUUUUGAGAAUGGCCUGACAAGCUCCGGCUGGUCGAUGCUUUCAAAAGAGCUGGGUGCAAAGAACAAGUUGCUAUACAUCUCCCCCGAACAGACGGGACGUCUCCCAGCAGAACCAGAUACCAGAACUGAUAUUUACUCUCUCGGCGUCCUCUUCUGGCAACUCCUAACCCAACAGCCUGUCUUUACUGGGGCAACACCCCUAGAUAUUGUUCAGUGCGUGCUCGGCCGGCGGAUACCCUUGGUUUCAAAUGUGAGGAUUGAUGUUCCCGAAGUCUUGGGCAAGAUCAUCCAAAAAUGUACCGCCAAAGACAUACGAGACAGAUAUCACUCCGUCAGUGGUUUACAAUACGACCUUCAGAUGGUCCAGAGGUUUCUAGUUGACGGCGACCAGAUGGCUUUGAAAGCAUGGCACAUUGCUUCCAGAGAUGUAUCGUCGUUUUUCAUACUGCCCACGUCCAUGGUGGGCCGGAGCGCAGAACGCGAUCAGCUUUUCCAGAUAAUUGAACGUGUUGCUAGAACGCAUGAACUCAUGACUAGCACCAACAACCGGUUUUCUGAAGCUUCGGGAUUCUCGAACGAUCUGCUUGAUACGGCCGACGUUUCGAGCGAAGGUGCCAGCUCUGUUGAAGGUGCAGCGGGCAACCGAAGAAGUGGUUCCUUCACACAGACAGUCAUGGGGGAUUCGAGACUCUCAAGAGCUAGUUUCCAGCCGUCGCUUAACGGUACUGACGAGUUGACCAUGUCAGGGGACACUGUGUCGUCAGGAAACUCCGGGCCACGUUUAGCAAAACCAUGGGAGAGAAAUCACUCGGUUUCGUUGGAAACCAGAAGCCUGAUUGACAGCUUCAGCGACCGCCAGCAAUCGAGGCAUAGCGCCGUUGAAAGUGUGACCAGCCUCUCACGGCAAUUAGGUUCUGCCAGAUUCCGAAGACGCGGACAUUGUGAAGUGGUAACGAUCGAAGGUGCCGGUGGGCUCGGCAAGAGUUUCUUAGUGCAGCAAGUUCUGGCAGAUGCGAGGCGGAGAGGUUAUUGCGCGACUUCCAAGUUCGACACUGCGCGGCGAUAUGCAUUCGGCCCUCUACUCAAACUUCUCUCAUCAUUGAUCAAGCAGGCAUGGGGUGAAAGGAAUACUGAAACACCGUUCCACUCCGCAUUGAAAGACUAUUUGCGCCCUCUUUGGCCAGUUUUGCACAAGACACUCGGCCUGCCGGAAUUUCUUCUUGGUGCUCACAAAGCAGCUGUUGCCACCAUUUCAAGGUCGGCUUCCACGGCUCAAAGUCCAUCCAAAGGACAGCACGCCCGCUCCUCUCUUCGAAGACGUGGCUCAUCACCGGGCAGCUCCCCUAGUGGUCUAUCGUAUCCCAAAAGUCCCCGUGUCACUUCUCAAAGCUCACAAGAUUUCCUUAGAGCCGGUGGUACAACAAAGACAAUUCGUUUGAUGAACACCUUCCUGGACAUCCUGAGGAUAUUUAGCUCAUAUCACUUCAUUUGCUUUUGUCUGGAUGACCUUCAUUUCGCCGACUCAGAAAGCCUUGAGCUCAUAACACAAAUGAUUGCAGCUCGGCUGAAAAUGGUAGUAAUCAUCACGUUCCGACCAGAUGAGAUAGCGCCGGAGAUGGUUCAGCGGGUUCUGCAGCCGGCGGACCAUGAGGAACACCCAAAGUCAAGUGGUCCUCGAAUUACGCGGAUAGUCCUUUCACCAUUGAACGAGAAAGAAAUACUUCAAUUUGUAGCUUCUACGAUAUGCAGACCACCAGAAGAUGCUGCGCCCCUGGCGCUUGUCAUUCAGUCGAAGACUGCGGGCAAUCCAUUCUACAUGCGAGAGAUGCUGCAUGCUUGUUAUCGAUCGAAAUGUAUCUGGUACGACCACCGAGAGAACCGUUGGUGCUAUGAUCUUGACUUGCUGUUUGAGCAAUUCAAAGGAGAGCAUGGUUACGACGUGUUGGACAACGAUUUCAUCACUCGUAGGCUGAGCGAAUUGCCUUCAAUUGCUCGAGCUAUAUUGGCAUGGGCAUCGUUGCUCGGAAACUCCUUCUCUUUUGAUCUCAUAUGUCAACUUCUCAGCGGAGAAUUCGACUUCGUGGAUGAAACUUGUUCAACCGACAAAGCAUUGUUGCCCAGUAGAUAUUCCAAGCAAGCCGCCGUUGGUGGGCUUCAAGCUGCAGUCCAAGCUUGUAUCCUCGUCCAAGGCGACACCGACGAGCGAUUUCGCUUCGCACACGACAGAUACGUGCAGGCUGCAUCUUCCUUGAAAGAAUGUAACGAACAGAAACAGCAUUUCAUUAUUGCUCAAACACUUCUGAAGUACCAUGGUAGCGAGCCGAGGUGGCGAGAGAAUAUCGCCUCACACAUCUGCAAAUCAGUCAACUUGAUCAAGCAUCGUAUACCAAAUCGUGGGCAGUACCGUAAACACCUUAUGGACUGUGGCGCUUCGGCAGUAGAGAACGGCGCCCGGCCUACUGCAGCGAAAUACUACGCUGCAGCCAUCGAACUUCUACAGCCGGAGCCGUGGGUUAGCGGCGAAGACAGCUCCUAUGCAGAAACCUUAGAGCUCUACAUGCGUUCAGCCGAAUGCAAUGUUUUUAUGAACGAGAGCAAGGCUGCUUAUGAGUAUGUCAACACUAUUUUUGACAAAGCCAAAACUCCAGCAGACAUGGCCCCUGCAUGGUUGCUAAAGUCGCGCAUCGAGGCUCAGAGCGGCGACUCUGUAUCAGCACUGGCCACGCUCAAGGACAGCUUAUUACAACUCAACGUAGACUUCGACGCACAGCCUACAUUCGAAAAAUGUGACGCUGAGUUCAUGAGACUUACCACCAGGAUUAUGUCUAUGGAUCGUUCAAAGGUCAUGAACCUGCCAAGCAUCGACCCUUCGUUAGUGGUAGUGGGUGCUAUCCUUGCGGAUGCUUGUAGCGCCUCCUUUUGGAGCGAUUGCCUCGAUUUUUUCAAUUUGUCUUUGACAAUGCUUCGGAUCCACCUCGAAAGAGGUUCAUUCCCACAAUCUGGCAUGGCCUUAUUACACAUUGGCUUCAUAUCUAUAUCUCGCUUCAACAUGAUAGAAUUUGGUGUGGAGAUGGGUAAUCGCUGUCUUGAACUAUUCGGUCGACUCAAAGAUCCAUUCUCGUCCGCUCGCGGUUAUAUGAUAUACGGCCUUUGGAUCAGUCACGUACAAGUCCCCAUCAACCUCAUGGUCAAUCAAUUUGAGCAACUCGUCGAAUACGCUGCCAGCGCAGGAGAUCGUAUAUCUGUUAUCCUUAGCUUUGGCCUCUCUGCUCAGAUGCGGUUCUUCGCCAGCGAAAACUAUGCAGAUCUUGAGGCCAUUUGCCAAUACUGCUGCGAAGAAGUUACAGGAUGGGCUCAAGACACCCGCGGCGGAACUUUCUUGAUUGUAGUACGGCAAGUGGCCCGGGCUCUACAAGGCAAGACCAAGCAUUGGAAUCCUUUAGAGGUAUUGAGCGAUGACCAGCACUCAUCUUCCGGUUAUAAAUCAUGGCUGACUCAGUCCACCCACAACGGUGGGCGGUCACUUCUGGUUUACGAAACGAUGGAAAUUAUCCCACUCUAUCUAUUUGGGCAUUUCGAAAAGGCUUGUGAGGUGGGACAAAGGUGCAUUGACAACAUGCAGCUCAUUUGGUCUGCUAGAAACACCCGAACGGCCAUGUUGUUCUACGGCCUAUCACUUGCUGGACUCAUGUUCCGGAAAUUACAAGACCCGUGUAACCAAGACCAAGAUUUACGUAGUGACGUACAGGCGACAAUCCUUGUUCUAGAUGACCUAAACAAGAGAAUUAAAGACUGGCAAGUGGUAUCGGCUGUAAACUAUCUUGUAUGGACAAAGUGGCUUGAUGCUCAAAUCGCCGAGCUGAAGCAGGACCACGGUUUCGCCAUUGAACAGUAUGAGACUGCUCUGGACCAUGCAGCCGAGUAUAGCUUCACCUUCGAGGAGGCUUUAGGCAACUUCCUCAUGGCUGGCUUCUUCAUUCGAAGAUCUGCCAGGCGAUCUGCGCGAGCAGUCCUCAGAGAGUCAGUUGGCUUGUGGCAGCAAUUGGGUGCGGCUGGAAUGGCCAAUCAAAUCGAAGAAGAGCAUUCUUUGUUGCUUCAUGGACCAAAUGCUGGUACCCGGACGGUCGAGGUUGGAGUGCAGACCGAAUUUGCUACGGAUAUGAACUAUCCAGAAAAUGAAGAAAUGACGCAGCAAGCCAACCAACCAACUCCCAACGAAUUGAGGGAGACGCGGAUGGCCGCAUGGCGGGGAUCCAUCCCGGCCCAAUCUGGUGCGGGACUUCCGGCGCUGGAUAUGAUCGAUUUACAUGCCAUCUUGGUGUCUUCUCAGGUCAUCUCAUCUGUUCUUCAAGUCGAUGUGCUUCUCAAAACCAUGUGUGAUGUCGUUCUGCAAACAUGUGGUGGGUCGGCAACUCAGGCAGCAAUUAUCGUUCAAGAUCAAGAACUCGGUGAGGAUGCCUACUGCAUCGCGGCUAGUGGAGAACCUGAGAGAGGAGCGGUCUCGUAUCCCCCUCCUGGGAAGCCCUUAGCCGGAACCUCACUUGUCGCCGAAAAUGUAAUUCACUACUGUGUCAGAUUUCAGGUAAAUGAGGCAGUCUUCAUUCCGGAUCUAAUACAAGACGAACGGUUCGGGAACGUCAGCGAAGGCUGGUUACGGCGGAACCCUCUUAGCAAGACGGUAAUCGCGUUGCCAAUACGAUAUGGUUCAAAACCACUUCUUGGCGUUCUGUACUUGGAAGGAGAACCCGGAACAUUCACUUCUCGACAUCUGACUGUGUUGCAGUUGCUUGUCCAGCAGAUUGGCAUCAGUUACUCCAACGCGCUUGCCAUAAGAAACAUAGAAAAAGUAUCCGCUGAGAAUGAGGCUAUGAUCAAGAUGCAGAAAGAAGCGCUUGCUGCUGCUAAGGCAGCUGAGCUCAAGGCGAAAGAGGCUGAAGCCAAAGCAUUGCGCAAUGUCAAGAUUGCAGAAGAAGCAGCGAAAGCAAAGAACGUCUUCUUAGCAAAUGUUUCUCACGAGCUGCGAACGCCCCUCAACGGCGUUAUUGGCAAUUCCGAGUUACUUAGAGACAGUAAUCUCAAUAGGGAUCAACUCGAGAUGGCUGAAUCAAUCCGUGUAUCAGCGGAUCUUCUGCUUACAGUCAUCAACGACAUCCUAGACUUCUCCAAGAUGGAGGCCGACAAGAUGAAACUUUACAUCAUUGCCUUCAAUCCUGAGGAAAUGGUACGUGAGGUCGUCCGAGCUGUCUCUUACAGCAAUAGGGAGAAGACAUCGACCAAGAAUGUCAAGAUUAUCCAGGAUAUUCACCUACCUCCAAUGCUGAUCUAUGGAGACCCUAUUCGUCUGCACCAGGUCCUAGGAAACCUGAUUGGAAAUAGUCUUAAGUUUACAGAGGACGGUUCCAUCACCAUAGGAGCUCGAGUUGAUUCGGAAACUCAGGAACAUACUAAAUUGACUUUCUGGGUUAGGGAUACAGGCAUUGGUAUCCCGCCACAGCAGCUGACCAAGUUAUUCCAGCCGUUUAGCCAGGCAGAUGCGAGCACUGCUCGCAAAUAUGGUGGCAGCGGUCUGGGUUUGAGUAUUUGCAAAUCCUUGAUCGAAACGAUGAUGCACGGGCAAAUUGAGCUUGACAGCGAAGAGGGAGUGGGAACGACUGCAUGGUUCUGCGUGACCUUUGACAAGGCCAAACCGGAAGUCUCUGCUGGUGACGUACAGCAAAUCCAUAUGCCGCAGAUUAUCGACAAGCAGCAAACUUUCCGGGAGCCUCCGAGAGAGCCGCCUUCAAACCCGUACAUGGAUCUUACACAAAUUCCCAAGGACCAGCUGCGCGUAUGUAUAGCCGAAGACAACCUCAUAAACCAGAAAAUAGCCAUCCAAUAUAUCCGGAAGCUAGGCUACACCAAGGUUGACGCAUACGAGAAUGGUCUCAAAGCCGUGGAAGGACUGCGUGAACAAGCUGCAAAGGGUUCUCCAUAUCAUGUGGUUUUGAUGGACGUUCAAAUGCCAGUGUUGGACGGCUACGAGGCAACGAAGCUCAUCCGUAGAGACGUAUCGGAAGAGGUGAAGAAGGUCCUCGUAAUUGCCAUGACUGCAUCAGCGAUCCAAGGCGACAGAGAGAAGUGUCUGGCUGCUGGCAUGAACGACUAUCUGGCUAAACCGGUGAAAGCUGACCUCCUGAAACGAAAAUUGGACAUGUACACAACAGUACAGGGUGUUAUGCCACCGCCGAGUCCUCCGGUACGUCAUUCGCCCAGCUCCAUGGCUUCCAAGGCGAGAACCCAGUCUGCCGACUCCGCAAUGUCACCACCAACGACAUCAUCCAGUCCUGGCAGUCUGACAGAUGUUAGCCCAGGCCAAUCGCCUGGGGUAUCUUCAAGGGCAUCGACUGGACCGACACAACCGCCACAACCGCCACCGCCACAACUACCACCCCACGCCUCCAGCGACAAUCGCUCACUCAUCUCCGAGAGAAGCUCUAUUGCUGAGUCCACUGCGUCCAUGACGCCUUCACAGAAAGAACUCAAGCGCCAGCCGAAUAAGCUGACCAAGAUGCGCAAUAACAGUGAGAAGAGCGAUAAAAGUGAGAAAACAGAAAAGCCUAAAGGUGUAUUGAGGAAGCACCGACCCUCGAGCACCAUAUCGCUAGGCGAACAACUGGCGGGGACGAGCCAGGAUAAUUUUUCAGAUGAGGCGUUAGGGCGCCCCCCAAGUCUGAACAGUACCAGUAGUUUAGGAAACAAGGGGACUGCCUUCAAGUGA